AUGGGGACUCGAGGCAAUGUUGUGUGUUGGUUAACGCGCCUCCGGAGUCUGUCUUGCCCCAGCAGCGCUCACUCAGUGGCUGGUGCCUUUUUGCCCUCGGGCAAAAUGCCGCAAGUCUGUCUCUCUCCGACACAACCCUCGGCAGACGCCCGUUUGCCCGGACUUUAUCAAGCCACAUCGACGCCGCAUGUUGACAAGAGGUCGGUCGCACAUGCCAAUUCACCGUCACUCCCUCUACCCACCCUCACGCACAUGACUCCCAACGGCAGUGCUGAGGAUGCGUCCAGUCUUGACCUGUCCGCCAUGCCUGUCUGUCUCGGCAGCCUCAACCUCGCCUCCCCAUCUGCCCUC